UCUUUAUGUCUCCGAGAUAAGAUGAACUGCCUCGCUUAAAAGUGGCUGCACGAAGUUAGCAAAAUUAGUCUUGCCGCGUUUUCGCCAUGAGUCGCGUUCAGAUCGGGGGCAUGUCCCUAUUUUUGGUCCUCGUUUUGGCCAUUUCCGCCACCCAGGCGGCGGUGGUUCGCAGUUUUCCACCCUUCGAGCAGCUGCAAAACCUCGAGAAUCCCAAUCUGCGCUCUGUUGUCCCCUUUGCCGAUGACGAUAACUACCGUCUGCCCAACGAUACAAUCCCCACCGAUUAUGAUAUAACAUUGACCACCAAAGUGCACACUGGGGACACCGCGUUCAGUGGCACAGUGGCCAUUACCCUGAACGUUGUCACCGCUACCUCUACUAUUGUAGUGCACGCCCGCCAACUGGAAAACUUUACGGCCAGCAUUAUUCAACAAGGAGUGGCAGGAGCCGUGGCUCAGGAUUUGGCUACAUUUUACGAAUUUGAGCGCGAGUUCCUCAGCUUAAGCAAGGAGGGUCUUACAUUCCCUGUCGACACCACAUGGAUUCUGACGAUCAAAUACGAGGGACAUCUGCGCACGGACAACGGUGGCUUCUACCUGUCCACCUUCACGGAUGAGGAGGGUAAUACCAAAUUCCUGGCCACCACCCAGUUCGAGAGUACCGAUGCCCGUCACGCCUUCCCGUGCUACGAUGAACCCUCUAAGAGGGCCACGUUCACCAUCACCAUCAACCACGAUCCCAGCUAUAAUGCUAUCAGCAACAUGCCUGUGAACGAGACUACCUCCAGCUCUGGAAUUACUUCCUUCCAGAAGACCGUGAACAUGCCCUCCUAUCUGGUUGCCUUCAUCGUCUCCGAGUUUGUCUACUCGGAGGGUGAAUUAAAUGGCCUGCCGCAGCGCGUCUUCUCUCGCAAAGGAACCGAAAAUGACCAGGAAUGGGCUCUGACCACCGGAAUGUUGGUGGAGAAGCGUUUGUCUGGCUACUUUGGAGUUCCAUUCGCCUUGCCCAAGUUGGAUCAGGCUGGUAUUCCUGAUUUUGCUGCCGGUGCUAUGGAGAACUGGGGACUGGCCACCUACCGUGAGGAGUACCUUUUGUACAACCCUGAAAACUCGACCAUCAGCACUCAGACCAACAUUGCCACCAUUGAGGCCCACGAAGAUGCCCAUAUGUGGUUCGGUGACCUGGUAGCUAUCGAAUGGUGGACUUUCUUGUGGCUCAAGGAAGGUUUUGCAACACUCUUUGAGAAUUUGGCUGUGGAUUUGGCCUAUCCCGAGUGGGAUAUUUUCCAGACCUUCCAUGCCGGUUCCUACCAGAGCGCAUUGGUUUACGAUGCCAGCGCCAGUGCUCGCCCUAUGAGCCACUUCGUCCAGAAGCCUUCAGAAAUUGCUCUGCUGUAUGACUCUGUUUCAUAUGCUAAGGCAGGAUCCGUUCUGGACAUGUGGCGUCAUGCCCUGACCAACACCGUCUUCCAGCGGGGUCUGCACAACUAUCUGGUCGACAAUCAAUUUACUGCUGCCAAUCCCACCAAGCUCUUUGAAGCCAUUGCCAAGGCUGCCGUGGAAGAGAACUACGCUGUUCCUGCUACCGUUGCCAACAUGAUGGGCAGCUGGACAAACCAGGGAGGAGUACCUCUGUUGACCGUGACCCGUGAUUACAGUAACGGAAGCUUCACUGUUAAGCAGUCGGUUUAUACAAACGACAAGGACUACACCAAUGACAAGUUGUGGUAUGUGCCCAUCAACUAUGCCGAUUACUCAAAUCCCGAUUUCCGUAACACGGAGGCCACUCACUACCUGCUGAACACAUCUGAGCUGACCAUCUACGCCGACUUGGACGAAGCCAACUGGCUAAUUCUGAACAAAAAGUCCACCGGUUACUACCGCGUUCUGUAUGAUAACGCUAACUAUCAAUUGGUCAUCGAUGCCCUUCUCUCUCGUCCACACAAGAUCGAUCCCAGGAACCGUGCCCAGCUUAUCAAUGAUCUGUACCGUUUCGCUACCAGUGGACGUGUGGCCCAUUCCACUUUGCUGCAGCUCCUGACCUAUUUGCCCCAGGAGGAUCAGUACUCCCCCUGGUCCGCUGCCAACACGGUGAUCACUUUGUUUAACCGAUACCUGAGCGGUGAUGCGGAUUAUGCCAACUUCCAGUUCUACGUUCGUCAACUGGUUAGCUUGCAGUACGAUAAGUUCGGAGUUAACGAUCUGAAUGGUGAACAGCAUCUGGUGAAGUUCACCCGCAACGUGUUGAUCAACAUUGCCUGCCUGGCUGGUCUGGAGAGCUGUCUGUCGGAGACCACUGCCAAGUUGACUGCUCUGGUGGAGGAGGGAACCGUUAUCGAGCCCAAUCUGCAGUCGCAGGUUUACUGCAAUGGCCUCAGGCAGACCUCUGACAAGAACUUUGACUUUGUGUACAACAAACUGCUUAACUCCACCGAUCAAGCGGAGCGUCGUCUCCUCAUCUCUGCCCUGGGUUGCUCCCAGAACGCCGACCAGGUGCAGAAGUUCGUGUCCAGCAGCAUUGUUAAGUUGAAUGGCCUGAGGGAGCAGGAGAGGAUCACACUGCUGAGCCCUGCUUAUUCCCGCGGUGAGGUUGGCCUGUUGGCUUCCAUUGAAUUCCUACAGGAAAACUGGGAGGAAUAUGCCCAGCUGACCCCCGGCUUUGGUGGUGUAAACCCCCUGUACAGCGACAUUGUUGGCAUCUCGGCGUACGUCGUCAACGAUAAGCAGAACGAGGCCCUUCAGAAACUGGUGGCCACCGUCAAGGAAUCCGAAUAUGUUCCAACCACAUUGCAGGCUAGCGUGGAUGCCAAUGUGAAUGCUAACAACGCAUGGCUGGAAUCCAACAGGGAGCCACUGAUGACCUGGGUAUCUGGAUUCCGCAGCGGCAGUUCCGCUUUGAACGCCUCUCUUUUGGCCCUUUUCGCCUGCCUUUUGGCCGCCAAGCUGUUCUAGAAAAUCGUAGAUCUUAAGUUAGUCAUAGAUUUGCACUCGUGCGCCAAUAAAUUCCAUUAAAUCCA